AUGCCGUUAGGUGAAAAUCUCAAUCAAGAUUCUUCAUCAUCAUCAUCACCAAUACGUCAUUUCCUUAUUGUUCCAUCAUUUAAUCCUGAACGUCGACAUUCAUGGGGAAAUAUUGUUCCACAUACAUCAGAACGGAAUUCUGAUAAAAAAUUAUCUGUAAAUAUUGUUGAUACAGAUUUUCUAAGUCCCCCACCGCCGGUCAUUUCGAUCACACGAUCGUCAUCAUCGUCGGAAACCUUACUAGCAACAAUACAACCUCUUCUUGAACAAGAAAAAAAAGCUAUACAAACAGCGCCACAAUCCACUAACACAUAUUCUUCUUCGACAAAUAACCGUUCCUUUCCAUUUCGAUGUUGCGGCGAGAGAAAAAAUUCUUCUCAAAUCCAAUCAAACGAACAAACUUCAACGACUGGUUAUACACGUCGAAAAAGUUCAACAUCAAGUAUUUCAUCGCGUCGUCCUUCAACAACUAUUAUUCGAAACCAUCGAAAAACAACUACGAAAACUUUAAUAACAUCAUCAUCGACAACAAUACCAACAUUAACAAAAUCGACGAAAAAACGUCGUCGUCGUGGUGGAAUGGCUUCAGCUUGCACUUCUUGUGUUUCAUCGAAUCAUAAUCGUCGACGAAGUUCUAUAGCUCUCGACGAUAUUGCCGCAACUCCUCCUACUGUAACUUCAUCUACAAAUCCACCAUUACUAACUCGCCUUGGACAGAUUAUAUUGAGACGACGAAUAAAUGGUGGUACUAAUAGUAGUAAUAGUAAUACUAUAGUCAAUAGCAAAACCAGGUAA